UCUAUCGUGCACGUGUCUCUACAUCAACAGGCGGAUAACCCGUAUUUGGUUACACCGGACUCAGACUUGAGGGGGUAUUUUUCCCAUCACAUAGGCCUUCGGGUUGUCGUUUCUACUGCGAUCGGUGCACUAGUGUAGGCAAAACAUGUCUCACAAAGCUUGUUACACAAACCCAGGAGCAGGGGUUAAGCGACCCCGUAACGACACAGGGAACAAGUUGACAGUUGUACUUGGUGCACAAUGGGGCGAUGAAGGGAAGGGAAAAGUGGUCGACUUGUUGGCGACAGAGUCGGACAUCAUUUGCAGAUGCCAGGGCGGUAACAACGCAGGUCACACGGUGGUGGUGGAUGGGAAGGAAUAUGACUUCCACCUCCUACCCAGCGGGAUCAUCAACUCCAAAGCUCUUUCCGUGAUCGGCAAUGGUGUGGUCAUUCAUCUGCCAGGCUUGUUUGAAGAAGCUGAAAAAAAUGAAAAGAAAGGCCUUAAAGACUGGGAGAAGAGACUGAUAAUCUCAGACAGGGCCCACAUUGUGUUUGACUUCCACCAGGCAGUUGACGGGCUCCAGGAGGUACAGAGACAAGCGCAGGAAGGGAAAAAUAUUGGAACCACAAAGAAAGGCAUCGGACCAACCUACUCAAGCAAAGCAUCACGUACGGGGCUGCGUAUCUGUGACCUUCUAGCUGAUUUCAAAGACUUUUCUAUGAGGUUCAAGAACCUUGCCCAGCAGUACCAGGCCAUGUUCCCCACACUGGAGGUCGAUGUUGACGGUCAACUGAAGAAAUUAAAGGAGUAUGCUGAGCGGAUAAGACCCAUGGUGCGAGACGGUGUCUAUUUCAUGUACGAUGCUAUUAAUGGACCCCCUAAGAAGAUUCUGGUGGAGGGAGCGAACGCUGCCCUGCUUGACAUUGACUUUGGAACCUACCCAUUUGUGACAUCAUCAAAUUGUACCGUGGGUGGUGUAUGUACCGGACUGGGAAUCCCCCCUCUGAACAUUGGUGAUGUGUAUGGGGUGGUGAAGGCCUACACCACUAGAGUGGGCAUCGGGGCGUUCCCUACAGAACAACUCAAUGAGGUUGGAGAGCUGCUGCAGACGCGGGGCCAUGAGGUGGGCGUGACCACAGGGAGGAAGAGACGCUGUGGUUGGCUGGAUCUGGUCAUCCUGCGUUACGCCAACAUGAUCAACGGCUUCACUGCGUUUGCAUUAACCAAACUUGAUAUCCUUGAUGUGAUGGAUGAAAUCAAAGUGGGAGUGUCUUAUAAGCUCAAUGGCAAAAAGAUUCCCUAUUUCCCAGCUAACAUGGACGUCUUGCAGAAAGUGGAAGUGGAGUACGAGAAACUGCCUGGCUGGAAGAGUGACACCUCAGCCUGUAGGAAAUGGGAAGAUCUGCCAGUCAAAGCCCAGAACUACAUCCGCUUUGUGGAGAUCCACGUUGGCGUACCCAUCAAAUGGGUUGGAGUGGGCAAGGCCAGGGAGUCUAUGAUCCAGAUGUUCUAGGACACAAGACCUUCCUCUCUCCAUGAAGGUGAAUUGAGGUGCUAUGGCUUUAUCUGCCCUGGUCAGAUUUCCUCUGUUUUGAAAAUGUUUUUCCUACUAUACGGGGCUGGCGCAGCCACACAAAGUGAGCAAAUAUGAGACUUUGAGACAUGUUCAAAAAAUACUUAUAUUGAUUGUGUCACAGUGGCCCUUCUCUGUCGCAAUUUACAAACCAUGAAAUGAUUUUAGGUGAGUUCAUAUAGACUUGUUUAUGUCCCAAUUCCUUUCUUUGCACUGCUAUAGCAUUUGAGUAUUUUGCAAAAUAUUGCUUUGAUUUGACAUUACUGUCAUGUCAGGUAGCCUACGCUGUUUAGACUUGAAUGAACCUUGGCCAGUAUCUGAUGCCUAAUACUUGCAUGCUGAUGUAGAACCACAGCUGAAAAAACUAUUUUGAACAAUGUGUAAUGGCCAGAAUUAUGUAGUCAUGAGUAUAACAUUUAAUUUUUUAUUUUUUAUUUUUUAACUAGGCACUUCAGUUAAGAACAAAUUCUUAUUUGUAAUGACGGCCUACCAAGAGGCAGGGACGUGGGCUGGGAGAAAUAAAAAGUUGGACGAAACACACAUCACAACAAGAGAGACACCACAACACAUAAAGAUACAUAUAUACAUAAUAAUAAAGAUACAUAAGAUACAAUACAUAAAGAGAGACCUAAGACAACAACACAGUAUGGCAGCAACACAACACAGCAUGGUAGCAACACAACAUGACAACAACACGGUAGCGACACAACAUGGCAGCAGCACAACAUGGUAGCAGCACAAACAUGGUGCAAACAUUGUUGGGCACAGACAACAGCACAAAGGGCCAGAAGGUAGAGACAACAAUACAUCAUGUGAAGCAGCCACAAGUGUCAGUAAGCUUGUCCAUGAUUGAGUCUUCGAAUGUAGAGAUGGUGUGGUCUAGGUGUAAAUGAUGUGUCCUGUAUCAUGUUGUCCACAUUUUGUUGAAAGCGCACAGAUGAUCCAUUUUCUUUGCUUCUGUGACACAUUUGAUGAUAUAAAACAAAUGUAUUUUUGUACCAAUCAAAUCUCAGUCCCGAUGUAUUUUUGCACACGUCAAAUUUCAGUUUUUCGUAAUAUUAUGUCCCCCAUUGAUACUGUACUAUAACAGCUAAGAUGGCACUGUGAUACCCCAAAAGUUAUCUAGUGCAAUAUUGUUACAAGUAGAAAUCUUUAAGAAGUGGAAAUCUGAUAUGCAAAUAAAUCUGUUAUAUUGCACAAUUGA